AUGCGAUACCUUAUCGCGGAGGAACGACAACAGGUGGGCCCAUAUUAUACGCCUCAAGGCUACUACGAGUAUACCAAGACCCUACCGUUUCUUGGAACAGUAAAGAGUGACGUGAAGAGACUUGUGGCUGGAGAGUGGACGGAGAUAACUAUCGUCUACGAGGUUGGUGCAUCGGGUCUGGCUGAUGGGGCUUGGAUUAAGGGGACAUUCAAAUUCUAUUCGGACUGGGCUCUGUUUCAAACAUAUGAUCGGACGAAAGACAACUAUGUCAGCGCGGAAUAUGUGCCUAGGCCUCUGCUACCUGGUCAAGAAUCAGCGACUGUGCAAUCUUUAGGUGUCCGCUUUGACCAAAAGGGUCAUGAAAGACCGUUUCAGAAAGCGGUGAUAAUCGACAUUCAUGAUGGCUACCUCAAUCCCGGGGACCAGAUUAUCAUUCGUCUCGGUGAUCGAAGAUUUGGUGCAAAGGGUACUCGGGCGCAGACGUUUGUUGAGUCAGGAUUUAAAUGGAGGUUCUAUAUUGAUCCUGUCGGGACGUCGCGUUUUGCUCCAAUUACGCCAGACUUGUCUUGGGAUAUCAUCCCGGGUACGCCUGUAAAGGUGAAGACGAUAUUACCACGGCUUGUCAAGAACAAUACACCAUUCGCGAUUCAUGUUCAUUCGGAGGACAUUUGGGGGAAUAUUACUCGCAACAUUCCGAAUCUCAACUGGCAACUGAGUAUCCAAAGACAAGAGAGCAAUGACAGCGAACCACUGGUGGUUGUGCAGGAUGCUGCGGCUACUGCUGAAGGAUGGACGAACAAUAUUUUCCCGGAUAUAAUCAUUGGCCAAGAGGGUGAUUAUUUGAUCCAGGUCGAGCUAAAGACAGCGGAAAACACCACCACCGCAUCGCAGCAAACGCAGCUCACAGUGCUACCCGAUCUUACUAUCCCCAAAGUCCUCUUCGGAGACCUCCACGUCCAUUCAGACGACACAGUUGGCACGGAAUCCUCAGUCUACAACUUCUCCUACGGACGCGAGAUUGCUGGCCUAGAUGUCCUAGGCUACACAGCAAACGACUUCCAAAUUACCAAAGAGCGCUGGGAAUCCACACUAAAACUCAUCCAAUCCCUCAACAAACCGGGCCAAUUCGUAAUCUUCCCAGGAACAGAAUGGUGCGGAAACUCAGCCGCCGGAGGCGACCACAACGUCGUGUUCCUGGAAGACCCAGCAACUCAUCCACUCGAAUUUCCCUUUGACCGUCAUGGAAAUGUGGCCAGGUCUUUUGAAUGGUCGGAGGAUGGACCCAAGGAUCUCGUUCCUGGGGCUUGGCCACUUGAUGAGGUAUACGCCACAUAUGCAUAUGCAGCGGAUAGUCAUCUUCUGAUCCCCCAUGUUGGUGGACGACGGUGCAACUUGGCCUGGCAUCAUCCACAACUUGAACGACUGGUGGAAAUCGGUAGUGCUUGGGGUCAAUUUGAGUGGCUUCUCCAAGACGCCGUCCGACGGGGUUGGAAAUUGGGUGUUUGUGCUAAUUCUGACGAGCACCGUGGGCGAUGUGGUGGAGGUGUUCCUGGAACCGCUGUGUUUGGUACCCGGGGAGGGCUUACGGGGAUCUUGUCUUCGAAUCUUGAUAGAGCAAAUGUUGCACAGGCUUUGCGGGCAAGACAUACCUUUGCUACUACGGGACAGCGUCUGGUUGGAUUGGUCUCAACGAAGAAUGGCACUACGAUUCAGGGAGAUGAGAUUGAGCAUCCUGCCAACGAGCCAUUGGAAUUUGACUAUCACUUCCUGGGUGACAGAGGCUUCUCGUCAAUUGAAGCCUUCGAUGCUUCAGGUCAGAUCUGGCAGCGUAGGCUCUGGUCUGAAACAGACAAGGCACCCACAAUUCUUAGAGUGACCUGGGGCGGAGCCAGAUUAUACGACCGCUACCGCGAAGCUAUCUGGACUGGCACGGUUGAAACGCAAAGCGCCAUCACCAGAAUGGUACCAUUGGGUGGUUUGGAAGAUAACCCUGAAGACCAAGCGGUACAGAAAGACGCCCAAACUAUUUCCUUCCACAGCCAUACUAGCGGAGACGUGGAUGGCGUACAUGUAUACUUCCAUCCAACAACCCUACCAUCCCAAAUCUCGAUCAGAGGUACCACCGGCGGCUAUGUUAAAGUUGGCGACCCUUUGAUUGGAAAUCUGCAUAAACCACAGCCAAACUUCCAGCUUGAAGCAUUGUGGGACGAGGUCGUCUCACCUGGUGGGAAGUCGAUUGAGAUACUGGGCGGGUGCGAGUUGUUCGUUCGUGUGGAAGCCAUUCCAGAUAUCUCUCUUCCACGGAGAGUUCAGGGAAGUACUUCAUUUAUUACAGAACGUGAUGAGGAGCGUGCUAUCUAUUUUGUUGGGCGGGAAUGGAGUGGAGAGAAGGUUGUGACGAGUCCUGUUUUUGUUAGGGCUAUUUGAUUAGCCCGAUUCUCCAAAUGAAAAAUAGUAGAUAGAUCAAUAAAUAAAAAGAGAUAGAAC